CCGGCCCUUUGAUCCUGACAGCCAUGGUAAACUUGCUAGAACUGCGAGACAUUUCGUCCGCCAAUGAGGCUCGCAACAACGAACCAAUAUUUACAGACAUUAAUCUUGUAGUAACUGCAGGAGAUGUGGUAGCGCUACAGGGCAAAAGUGGUUCCGGAAAGACCACAUUGCUGAAAUGCAUAGCGCACCUAAAUGUAUACGAUGGUCUCGUUCUAUACCGUGGAUCAACACCAAUGACUUAUGGCAUACCUGCUUACCGUAAAAAAGUGGCCUAUGUCCCCCAGCGGUCUCCCCUUCUCCCUGGUACUCCGCGGGACUUUGUGAACACGGUACUUUCAUUAUCUGCUAGGUCGGACAGAUCCAUGUCGACCUUCCAGCACAUCAUCGACCUAGGCGCCGCAUGGAGCCUUGAUCGCAACCUCUGGGACCGUGAAUGGACAAAUCUAUCAGGGGGAGAAUCCCAGAGGAUUGCACUCUCCAUUGCUCUGGCAUUGAAUACUGCCGAAGUGCUUCUGCUAGAUGAACCUACGUCUGCUUUGGACCCAGAGCUGGUGCUGUUGGUGGAGCAGUCGUUGCUAAAGGACCUGCGCUCCGACAACACGGCGCUCAAAGCCAUCGUGUGGAUCACUCAUUCAGAUGAGCAGGCAAGUCGAGUAGGGACCCGAUUCAUUCAGGUUUCUGGGGGUAAUUGUCAUGAACAGUCCUUGCCGCCAGUAUAGAUCCGAAUAGAUACAACCAAUUUCUUUUAGUGUCGGCUGCCGUCCGCGCUUCGCUAGGUCUUGGCUUUUCAGUGCAGCGAAUGAUGAAUGUUCCUGAUUGCCGUGCAUCGUAGUACCACCAUACGCGGGUCCUACGGGAUAAUCACUCGAACGAAGCAUCUUACAAAUUGUUCCAUGUAAUACACUACCCAUGCUUGCUUGAGUUAUUCGUCAAGUUUCACUGUAUCGAAAGUUUGAAAGUGCUUUGUUUUGUUAACGACUCGCACCUUGGACCCUGUUCAAAAAUAUAUUGUACAUUACAAGGACAC